AUGCGACGGUUUUAUUUUCAGAUUGAUAAUAUUGUGACUGAUGAAGUUGUUGAUGCCGAGUUGGGAGACACUCCUGCUGAUGCAGCCAAUUCUGCGAAAGUAACUCGCAAAACGAUCCAUCCGGAUGCAUUACCUCAUUUUCGGGCUGAGAUAUUAUCAAAGCGUUACCGAUGGCAUAAAGAAACGGAAUCAAUGAUUCUAGCACGAUUACCGUUCGAAGAACAGAUCAAAAGGCCCUACUUCCACGUGAAACCUCUAGAGGCAGAGCAACUGAAAAACUGGCGCUUGUACCUAGAUUUCGAGAUAACUGAAGGAGACGAGACGCGUAUAACUGUUCUUUUUGAGCGGUGCUUGAUAGCUUGUGCAUUGUCGACGACCAGUUUUGGACAAAGGUUUGUUCUUGUACAUCUUUGA